UCGGGAUGCAUAACCGGCGGGCGCGGACUGGGGAAUGGUUGGCCACAGGCGGGCCAGCCUGCGGAGUCCGUGGUCUUAUUUGUUUCCCCCCAGCAGGCUCAGCGUUGGGACCCACCAUCCCUAGGCCCUAGGCAGGAGAAGGACGCGUCGUUGGGUGCACGCAGCGAUCUGGGGGCGAGGGCAGUCCAGCCUGACAGGGAAGACAGUGACAAGACCCCCUACACACACACCUACCCCAGGCUGAACAGCCAGGAGCCGGGAGCCAAUGGCCAGCGACAGAGCCAAACCCUGUGAGCUCGACCAAGAGAAAUAUGAUGCUGAUGACAACGUGAAGAUCAUCUGCCUAGGAGACAGCGCUGUGGGCAAAUCCAAACUUAUGGAGAGGUUUCUCAUGGAUGGAUUUCAGCCGCAACAGCUGUCCACGUAUGCCCUGACCCUGUACAAGCACACGGCCACGGUGGACGGCAAGACUGUCCUUGUGGACUUUUGGGACACAGCCGGCCAGGAGCGGUUCCAGAGCAUGCAUGCCUCCUACUACCACAAGGCCCACGCCUGCAUCAUGGUGUUCGAUGUGCAGAGGAAAGUCACCUACAAGAACCUGAGCACCUGGUACACAGAGCUUCGGGAGUUCAGGCCAGAGAUCCCGUGCAUCGUGGUGGCCAAUAAAAUUGAUGCAGACAUAAAGAUGACCCAAAAGAGCUUCAAUUUUGCCAGGAAGUUCUCCCUUCCCCUGUACUUUGUCUCAGCUGCUGAUGGUACCAAUGUUGUGAAGCUCUUCAAUGAUGCAAUUCGAUUAGCUGUGUCGUACAAACACAACUCCCGGGACUUCAUGGACGAGGUUUUGCAGGAGCUUGAGAACUUUGAUUUGGAGCAAGGAAGAAGAUGUGCCAGACCAAGUGCAGCGUGGCAGUCUUGAGAGCCUCUCCCCUUCCUGAGAGAAGGAAGCCUCUCUUCAUGGACUUGGGGGGUGGGGGUUCUUUCAGAAUACCCUCCCCUCAACAACCCUCCAGCUCUGAAUUGAAAAACUCUUGCAGGCCAUCCCCCUCUCUACCUCCUGCAAGCCCACCCAUCCCCCCCGCCCCCCUCCAUGGCCCAUGAUACCUGACCUUUCCACAGUUGCCACCCCCACCCCCGUACUCAGGGACAGGGAUGGGGUCUGCACAAGCAAGCGCCCUCGACAGGUAUGAGAAGUCCAAGCAGAGCGUCCAGCAGAGUUAGAGAUCAGUACCCGAAGCCUCCCUAUGUUGUGUGGGGGCAGUGAAGAGCUUCAGGGAACAUGCUUUGUGUAUCUCUCAAACAAAAGGAAAUUGAGGUGUGUUUUCUCUCCCAGAACUGACCUCAGGGCCUAUUCAUUGCCUUUCCACCAAGGGAAUUAUUUCGAAUCCCUUACCAUCCCAUUCCCACCUCUACAGAUUUGGGGGGGGGGGGUGCUCCCUUCUUUUUCCUCUUUAGUCUCCCAAACAACUUUUUUUAGAAAUGGUUUUGAGCAGACAGCUGUUCAUCCCACAUGUUUCUCAGGGUACCUGGGUACUGCCAGCACACUGGUAAACCGAGGUCUAGAUCACAGGACAGGUUGGCCAUUAAAGUUAGGGAAACAGGUGACAUGUCUAACGACACUUAAUACCAUGGCUCACCUAUUUGGAUUAGAAGAGCUUCCCGUAGCCGCCCCCCCCCCUUGUUUUUUGAGACUAUUUGGGCACUGCUUUGUGGGGCAGGGAGAAGGGCUGCCCUACUGCCUUUCCCACUUCUCUCCUGGACUUGGGGCUCACUGGUGUGUGUAUGAUCAUCCUGUGCAUUGUUUCCAUUGCUUUCAUUUUUAUAGUAAAGCUUGACUUAACACAAA